UUGGCCGCAUCCACCCUGCCACCAGCCCGCUACCUGCUCCUUAAUUCUCUCUUCUCGCCCUACUCCCAUCCCGUGGCUAGAAGCCAAGAAAUUUGUCUGCCAUGGCGUCGGAGCCGGUGAUCGGGAAGCUCAGCGUCCGCAUUGUCCGAGGCCACAACCUCGUCAUCGCCGACUCGCUCACCCACACCAGCGACCCCUACGUCGUCCUCUGCUACGGCUCCCAGAAGGUGAAGACUAGCGUUCAGAAGAAAAAUGCCAAUCCCUUAUGGAAUGAUGUACUGGUGCUCCCUGUCACAAAUCUUACAAAGCCAGUGAAACUUGAGGUUUUUGAUGAGGACAAAUUCACAGCGGAUGACAGCAUGGGAGUGGCUGAGUUCAAUGUAACUGAUAUCUAUGACGCUGCAAAGCUGGAUCUAAAGCAUGCCUCUGAUGGAACCAGGAUCAAGACGAUCUACCCGGUUGGCACAAACUACCUUGGCAGUGAGAGCCACGUAUCGUGGAAGAAUGGCAAGGUCGUCCAAGACUUGAUUCUGAAGCUGAAGAACGUUGACAGUGGCUCUGUCGUGCUACAGCUGGAAUGGGUUCACGUCCCUGGUGUUACCCUGUAAGUUACGCCCAACUGAAUGUUAUUGCAACCUGGUUUGAUGAAGCUGCAGCUAUGGGUUCCUGUUCCUGGUGUCAGAUGUGUUAGCAAUUUGUGGAUGUUGUGGUUUGUAGUGUAUGUGCUGUGUGUGCGUUAUUGAUUUCAGCUUGAUGUAUGCAAUGUAUUUGUAGUACUGUGGUUGUGAAGUUCAUGCUUGAAGUUGAACAAAUAAGAGACACCGUUUGUGCUUA